GGCCACACUUAUGUAAUUAGUGCAUGAUGACGCCACCGUCUGUCAUUAUAAAAUCGUAGACUCGACCUUUCGUGCCACGGACUGCCAAAGGUGCUGUUUGGAACGACCGAGAACUCAGAAUGGAUGCAGAGGGCUGGAUCAAAUCUGUUAUCAGAGGCUUGAUGUGUGUGAGUGGGAUCAUAGGAAACCACUGGCUAGGUUUUAGCGCCCUGCCCAAAUCCAGAGCUCACCUCAAAACCAAUGACAUCCUGUUCGUCAACUUGGCUUCAUCCAAUCUGAUCACCAAUUACCUGGUGGACCUGCCGGACAUGAUGGACUUUACAUACAACUUCUUGAUGGGACAGAUGUAUUGUAGUGUCUUCAAUUUCUGCUCAGAUCUCUCAGAGACCAGCAGCAUCUUCACCACCCUGUUCAUUACUGUGUUCUGGCACCAGAAGCUUGUGGGUUCUCUGAAGCGUGGUGGAGCUCCUGUGCAGUUGGACAACAUACGCCUAGUUGCUGCACUGCUGGCAGGAAGCUGGAUUGUGGCAAUUGCAUUCAGCCUUCCUCAUAUAUUCCUGGCCUCAAAGAAUAAUGGGAACAACACCUACUUCGAAUGUCUGGAAGACUAUCCUUCUCUCGAAGCCAAGCAAGCCUAUGACCUCAUGUACCUUGUAUUUGCAAACAUCAUUCCGAUUAUUGGGAUCUUUUUCACAAGCAUCCAGAUCACAGUUACACUGCUGCAGAAUCAGAAAAGAAUCAAUAGCAACACCACAGCAGUCACUACUGGAGCCAAGAACACCAAAAUCACUCCAGCAGAGCCUUCUUUACACUCAAACCAGAGCUCACAAGAAGCAGUUAGGAACUCCAACGCUGUGGUACCCAACCCCGGACAAGCCAGGUCCAGCUCAUCCUCCGGCAGUGUGCUGAGGGCUGCCAAGAGCGUGGUCACAGUGGCCACCAUCUUUCUGAUCUGCUGGGUAGUUCACGUCAUCCUCCGCCUCAUCAGCACCAUCCAGGAGUCGUCUCUAAUUAUGGAGCUGGCCAGUUAUAUAGGAGCAGCUUAUACCUGUAUCAUCCCAUACAUUUACCUGCAUGGGGUGAAGAAGUUCAGCUGUACCUGCAGAGGCUGAAGAUCAGUCAGCUUGUAGAGUUCGUAGAGUCUGGAGCUUUCCCCAACCAGCUGCAAUAUGAUAAUAAGAGGGAAAAGACAGUCAGUGAGCUUUAAAUGGUCGCAAAAGAUAUAUAGAUGAAUAUAUAAAUAUUGUGGUACUGUUCAUUUUUCCCCACAUAUUGUAAUGCUUUAAUAGCUUAAUCUAUUAUUUUGCAAAUUUUAAAUACUCACAAAACAUAAAUAACAAAAUACAUACAAUGCAAAUGAAUGCAAUUGUACAAUAUUCUAUAAAACAGAAUUUAAGAUACAAGACAUAAUAACAACACAAACAAGACAAAGAAAAUUGGUUUGAACAAUGUCUAUCAAUAGUUAUAGCAAUAUUUUCAAACACAGACAACAUGUAGCAGAUUAUUAUAAGAUAUGUAUGCAUUGCACAGGACUAAGUACACUUUAAUAAAACAUGCCAACAUGUCAAUAUACACAUUCUGAUCAGAAAAGCAUAUUCUAUGUUAUGAUAAAAUUCCUAUAAAAUAUUGUAACCGAAAAUAACCCAAAUAAUAUUAAUACAUUAAGCAA